AUGCCCUUAGGAAAACCGUCUUUAGGCGCGAGCUCGCUGCCCGCGUGUGACUCGCACCAAACGCCCGCCCAGCGAAACGCCGUUGUCACCGCUCGGCGAUUGUCGCUCAAGGCGACACGUCCCACUUCCGAUGCCGCCGCUAUUAGUGGCCGUGACUGGCGGCUUUUACGCGAAAACAUUGUAUGGGAAUAUGUAAAAGCCAUUUCACGGCUCAUCGCAGAGUUUAGCACUCCGCAGCAGAAAUCAAAACUUAAUAGGACA